AUGAAUCAGAACAGCAAGCUGUACACUAACGCUAACAUUAGAAACAUCUUCUUCUCUGAGAUUAUCAUUGGGAUCUCAGGCAACAGUGUCCUUCUCCUCUUCCAUGUCCUCAUGCUCAGUAGUGAGCACAAACCCAGACUCACUGACCUGCCCAUUGGCUUCUUGGCUGUGAUUCACCUACUGAAGCUUCUGGCUGUGAGCUUCAUAGCUACAGAUAUAUUCGUGUUUCACCAAGGAUGGGAUGAUACUACUUGUAAAUCUCUUAUCUUCUUAUACAGAUUUUUGAGGGGCCUCUCUGCUUGUGCCACCUGCUUGCUGAGUGUCCUCCAGGCCAUCACUCUCAGCCCCAGACAUUCAUGUUUAGCAAAAUUCAAAAAGAAUUUAUCCCCAUGUCACAACUUAUGGUCCCUGUUUGGCUUUUGUUCUGUCUAUUCAUCCAUUUCCAGUUACCUUUUCAUCUCCAUGGUUAUCACCCCUAAUGUGACCUCAGACCACCUACUGUAUAUUACUGAAUCCUGCUCUCUUCUACAACUCAGUUUCACUGUGAAAUACAUAAUGUCCACAUUGUUCAUCUUCAGGGAAGCAUUCCUCAUCGGUGUCAUGGCCCUCUCCAGCAUGUACAUGCUGAUUCUUCUGUGCAGGCACAAGAAGCAGGUCCAGCAUCUUCACAGAACCAGCCUUUCUCCAAAAGCAUCUCCAGAGCAAAGGGCCACGCGGACCAUCCUGCUGCUCUUGAACUUCUUCGUGCUGAUAUCCAUCCUGGACAGUCUUAUGUCAUUCUCAAGGCAUAUAUUAAAAGAUGAUCCAAUAUUCUACUUGAUCCAGAUUCUUAUAAGCCACAGCUAUGCCACAGUCAGUCCCUUUGUGUUCAUCAGCACUGAAAAGGAUAUAAUUGGCCUUUUAAGGUCCAUGUGUGAGAGGAUAGUGACUAUUUGA